CAAUUGCUUCAGCAAAAUAAACGCUCUUCAUCUUUUCGGUUUAGGAAGCAAAUUGACAAGUCAUAACCAAAAGAAAGCACCAGACCUUCCAAGAAAAAUUGACGUUUUACCCUUUUGAAAAUUUGUUGGUAAAAUGGCCUUCAAUUUGGUUGAUAAAACACCAAAUUCAUAUUUCAUAACAAGGCAACUCAUUAAUUUCCUCUUGAGAAAAUGGAAAGUGAUCAAUUCAAGCCAAGUAAAUUCCAUUAUGAUAUAGCAAUGUCAAAGAGAACUCGAAAAUCGUCCAUGAAUUUUGUAGAGCAAGAUCAUGUUAAUAUUGAUCCGAUUCAAGCAAUGCCUGCAGGAGAGGAAGAAUUUGUUGUCGUGGAAAAAGAACAAGAGGAGGAUCACACGAAUCGCGACGAAUUAGUUCGUGAAGAUGACGACAACAAGAAAAGCUUGAAAGAGCUGAUCAAUGGAGGAAGGAAUAGCCUGAGCCAACAUUUCUCGGAUGAAGAAAAAAAUCUCCCGUUGAUCGUUAAAGUGCAUGAUCAAGAAGGUUCGAAUAGGUUGAAGUUGAAACGAAUGGUGAGUCGUUAUGCUAAAGUUUUGAGCCAUUUGGUUAAGCUUAAACGAAAAUCCGAAUCGGGUUUUCAUAAAAAAUCAUUUGUUUCGAGUUAAAAGUAAGAUUUGAUUCGUAGGAUACGAAGAUGUAAAAAUUAUUAUCUCUGUUUCGAAAUUUAUUAUAUUUUUUCAGUAUGAUAAACUGAACGUUUUUCUUGGAUCAGAGUUGUAUUUCUAUCUAGAUGUGUGCACCAUUCUUGGUUUAAAAUGUGCGACCAUUCUGAUGUGGUUUGUUUAUUGAUUGCAAUAAUUUCGUUGGCUAGCUAUAGCGUUCCAUAUAUCAUGAACUAAUGCGGACUUGCAUUAUUUCUUUCUUUCUUUCUUUUUCUUUUUUUUUUUU